AGGUAGUUUAAAGAGUAUUAGGAACGAGGAAAUAUAGUGAAUAGUGUGAGAAGUUUGCUGAGGUUUGUCCCAGGACAGGCUGACGCUGGAGGGGGGAGCGAGGGCGUGUUUGUGAGGGACUGAACACUGGCUCUGGGGUCCCGCGGGGAUUUACUGCAGUGAGGAGAAUAGAGGAACUUUUGGAGGACGGGUGACCCAGAUUUCACACACUCACACAGAUAUGCAGUUUCAGGAGUGGUUACGAUCUCUGCGCUUCCCUGGAGGAGACGGGAAGUCUGAACUGGACAGUCUGAAGACUCUUAUUCCGUCCCUGCCCUCGUCUUUCUCUCUUUCCUCUCUUUCUCUCUCUCCAUCCUCCAUCAUCGGCUUAGGAGCUCUGGCUUCUCUCACUACCUACUGGCUGGUUACUAGACCGAGACCAAUACAGCCUCCCUGUGACCUACAGGCCCAGUCGAUACCUGUACAGGGAGACCAAAGCUGCAGGCGCUCAGCUUUACUGAAGGACGACAAUCUGCUGGACUUUUACUAUGAGGACACGAAGACAGCGUACGACAUGUUCCAGCGAGGACUGCGGAUAGCAGGUGAUGGCCCAUGUCUGGGCUUCAGGAAACCCGGAGAGCCGUAUCAGUGGAUCUCUUACACCGAGGUGGCAGAGCGGGCACAGGUGCUGGGAUCAGGAUUACUGGCAAAAGGCUGCAAACCAAACCCACAGCAGUAUGUGGGCAUCUUUGCACAAAACAGACCUGAGUGGGUCAUUGCAGAGCUGGCUUGCUACACCUUCUCCAUGGUGCUGGUGCCUCUGUACGACACACUAGGGAUCGAGGCCAUGGUUCACAUCCUUAACCUGGCUGAGAUCUCGAUGGUGAUCUGUGAUAAAGAGGAUAAAGCGGAGUCUCUGCUGAGGAAUAAGGAGAAGGGAGUGACGCCCAGCCUGUCCUGCCUGGUGCUCUUUAACUCCUUCAGCGCUGCCCUGCUGGACAGAGGGAGGAAGUGCGGCGUUGAGAUCCUACAGCUCUCACAGAUCAUGGAUCUGGGAAGAGAAAAUUUAAAGCCGCCUGUGCCUCCUAAACCUCAAGAUCUGGCUGUUGUGUGUUUCACCAGUGGGACAACAGGAAAGCCUAAAGGAGCCAUGAUAACUCACGGCAACAUCGCCUCCAACACCUCGUCGGUCAUCAAGAUCCUGGAGGGUUUCUUCGUGAUCCGUCAAGAGGAUGUGUCCAUCUCUUAUCUGCCGCUCGCUCACAUGUUUGAGCGCAUGAUCCAGGUGUCAAUGUUUUGUCAUGGGGCGAGGGUCGGUUUUUACCAGGGUGAUAUUUCUCUGUUGAUGGAUGACAUAAAGACCCUGAAGCCCACUUUUUUCCCUGUGGUCCCUCGAUUACUCAACCGCAUCUACGACAAGAUUCUGGGCUCGGUUACGUCUCCGCUGAAAAGAGUCAUCCUUCAUUAUGCUGUCAGGAGGAAACAGGCAGAACUGAGCAGUGGCGUCGUGAGGAACAACAGCCUGUGGGACAGACUCAUCUUCAAUAAGAUACAGGCUAGUCUAGGUGGAAAUCUGCGCUUCAUCCUCACCGCAUCUGCACCAAUCUCUCCUGCUGUGCUGUCCUUCCUCAGAGCCACCCUGGGCUGUCUGAUUUUUGAGGGUUAUGGGCAGACGGAGUGCACAGCUGGAUGUACCUUCUCUAUGCCUGGUGACUGGAGUGCAGGUCAUGUUGGUGCUCCAUUACCCUGCGCUAUGGUGAAGCUCACUGAUAUUCCUGACAUGAACUACUACGCCAAGAAUGGAGAAGGAGAGAUCUGCAUCAGGGGUCACAGUGUGUUUCGGGGGUAUCUGAAGGACGAGGAGAGGACGGCAGAAGCUCUGGACACUGACGGAUGGCUUCACACUGGAGACGUGGGACAAUGGCUGCCUAAUGGCACUUUGCGCAUUGUGGACAGAAAGAAGCACAUCUUCAAGCUGUCCCAGGGAGAGUACAUCGCUCCAGAGAAGCUGGAGAACGUCUACAGCCGAUGUGUUCCUGUCCUGCAGGUCUUUGUGCAUGGAGACAGUCUACAGUCUUUUCUGAUAGGAGUAGUAGUUCCAGAUCCAGAGGUGUUCGUCGACUGGGCCAAAGAACGAGGAAUAGUCGGAUCAUAUGAAGAGCUCUGUCAGAAUCCUGAUGUGAAGAAAGCGGUUCUGGAGGACAUGACGGCGGUGGGAAAAGAAGCAGGACUCAAAUCAUUCGAGCAGGUGAAGGAUUUACAUUUGCACCCUGAACUGUUCAGUGUGUCCAACGGCCUGCUGACGCCCACCCUGAAGACCAAACGUGUGGAGAUCAGACGCUUAUUCACUGAGCAGAUCACACAGAUGUACAGUAAAUCAUCCGUAUAGAGGACACACACACACACACACACACACAUCUCAACUAACUCACAAAACUCUUCAUAAUUUAUGAUGAAUCAGCAUAUUUGUGCAUUUUAGCCCAUUUUAGAUGUACUGUACACAAACACACACACGCAAACACAUAUAUGCGUUUUCAUGCAUACGCGCGCACACACACACACACACACACACACACACACACACACACACACACGCACGCACACUCAAAGACAUGCGCACAUACACAGACAGAUAAGCACACAUGCAAACAUAAACAUACAUGCACGCGCACACACACAAAACCAAAUAGACACACACAAUCUAUCUGAAUUCCUAGUUGAUGAUCAAUGCUAAGGGAACAGGCGCUCAUACUGUACUGAAUAGCAGUCAGUGUUGUAGAUCAACUGACUGUGUGUGUUUUACUACUGUAAUGUGGGACUAAUCGCAGCUGAUAGAGAUCUACUGUAUUUUAUUGACAGAAGAAUAAAGAUGAUGCCUUAUUA